AUGAUGAUGAUGAACCAGAUGCUGGACCACGGCAAGAGAAAGAAUUUUUCCCAGAACAUUCACAUAUAUGCCUACCUUUCCAACGUUUGUAAUAAACGCGAGAAGGUUUUUGAGGACCCUGCAUUGCUUACACAACACCAGAAAACACAUAUUAGAGGAAAACUUUGCAAAUGUAAGGAAAAUGGGAAGGUUCUCAACCAAAGUUUAAUCCUCACUAAACAUCAGAAAAUUCAUUCUGGGCCGAGAACUCACAGAUGUAAUGAGUGUGACAAAGCCUUUAAUUACUUCUCAAAUUUCAUUAAACAUAAGAGAAUCCAUACUGGAGAAAAACCAUAUAAAUGUAAUGUAUGUGGCAAGGUCUUUAUUCAAAAUUCAAACCUUAGAAGUCACCUGAGAAUUCAUACUGGAGAAAAAAAUUACAGAUGUAACGAGUGUGGUAAGGCUUUUAUCAGACAUUCACAACUUCUGGGCCAUGAGAGCAUUCAUACUGGCAAGAAACCUUACAAAUGUGAUGAGUGUGGCAAAGCCUUCACUGUGCGUUCAUCCCUUAAUCGGCAUCAGAAACGCCAUAAUGAAGAUAAUCUUUACAAAUGCAAUGAAUGUGGCAAGGCUUUUAUUAGUCUUUCAUACCUCUGGGGUCAUGAGAAAAUUCACACUGGUGAGAAACCGCACAAGUGUAUUGAAUGUGGCAAGGCUUUUAGACAACAGUCUGACCUCAGGAUUCACCAAAGAGUUCAUACUGGAGAGAAACCUUACAAAUGCAAUGAGUGUGACAGAGCCUUUACCGUGCGCUCAAGCCUUACUAGUCAUAGGAGGAUUCACACUGGAGAGGAACCUUACAAAUGUAAUGAAUGUGGCAAAGCCUUUACCCAGUUUUCAAACCUUAUUCGACAUCAGAAAAUUCAUACUGGAGAGAAACCUUACAGAUGUAAUGAGUGUGGUAAAUCCUUUACCAUGCAUUCAAGCCUUACUAAUCAUAAGAGAAGCCAUACUGGAGAGAAACCUUACAGAUGUAAUGAAUGUAGCAAAACCUUUACCCAUUUUGCAAACCUUACUAGACAUCAGAAACUGCAUGCUGAAAAUGAACAGUGCCUGUCCGCUGCUAACGGGCCCAGCUCACAGUCUCUGGAGCAGCUCGCUCAGCUCUCCAUUGCAGUUCCCCGCAGCAGCUCUGCCGUUGGGCUGCUGCACCACUGGCUGCCUUGGUCUUACCUGGCAGCCGUCUCAGGUACAGCUUAUUCAGCUGACCUGCCCAGCUCGUAG